CACAAUCAUAAAACACCUUGUAAAAACUAACAAUGACGCGUAUGUCACAUCUUAUAAUCAGAGCGUUAUUAUAAUAACUUUGUUUUUCAUUUACCUAUCACUCCAUACGUAAUACUUAAUCCAUAAAUCUAAUUUUAAACAUGAUUAGUAUUCUUGAUACAACUUUAAUAAUGUUACCCUAAAAUAGCAACAAUUUAACCCAUACAAAGAAUCCCAAAAUCACACCUUGAAGAUUCUUUCCUGGUAUUAUUAUUCAUCCACCCAGAAAUUAACUGCAGUUUCACAAUUAAUCAUCAUUAUUAUUUACAUCUUUCUCCCACAAAUUCAAUUCGCAGAUUAGGAGAGAGAAAAUCACUGAGAUACCCAGAAAAAUAAAGGUUGAUUACAUUUUGGUUAGAGACUGAAUAUGAGUCUCGCCUGUCUUGUGUGCCACAGUGUAGAAAGCCCGUCACAUUCAUUCAGAAGUUACUCUGUGUCUAGUUCAGACAAUGAUGGAAGAUGUUCAGCAAUGGCUAACUGCUUGAGUCGGAAGCUUGCAAUUCCUCCACCUAGGGGAAACCCAGUCACAUCAUCGUCUAAAGUGACUCCACAGCCAGAUAUAUCAAAUCGGGGUGAUAUUUCAGGUCCUCCGCGCCUAGUUAGAAGUCGUGCUGUCAGAAGGGACCAAGUCAGAAACUGGAAUUUCGAGGUUAUUGAGCUACAGCAGUAGUUUAGCUAAUAUGACCAAGAGAAUAGACUGCUUCUCUGGGUAUUGUUUAGAUAUAGUUAGAUCCCUCGGUCUUUCAUCCUCCUUUCUCUCCCACUGUCAACAUUAUUUUCCCACUAGCUUCUUUAUGUAACUGAAUUUCGUUAGAUUAAUGUCUUUUUCUUGUCAGGAUGACUGAAUUAUGUCAUUGUGUCCAAUCUUUUACAUGAAAAUCUUGUGCAUAUUAAUAAUAGUCGAUGUGAAGUACUCAGCUCAUUAUUUUAAAACUGCAGUCACAAAGGUUUAAGAUAAUUAUAUGCAA